AUGGCACAAGAAACACCAGACACCCCCAACCUCCCGGAGCCGAGGAAGGAUGGGAAGAAGCUGUACCUCUGGUCCCGAUCGGCGAACAAGCCGGUAGGAGAGGGCGCUCCGGGCUCAGAGACACCAGAGACGUCUACGACGCUGGCGGAAGCGACAGGUGCAGCUGCAAAGCCUGAUCCCAAGGAUUUCCAGGCCAAUUUUCCCAUCAACGAGGGAGGCGAGCACAAGCCGCACGGUUCGACCAUCAGUGAGGCCGUCAAGACGAUCAAGAGUGAGGAUUUCCUCAACGUCGCGCAGACACCGUGCGCGAGAGGCGGGUUCCUUACUGGUAUUGCGACUGGCGCCGGUGUUGGUGGUUUGAGAUAUGUCUUUAGGGGCACACCUAUCAAGUCCGCAAACUGGGCCGUCGGUAGCUUCCUCGCUGGUGCCGCAGGCUACUUUGAGUACUGCCAGUACCAGCGCCGUCAAGAGCGCAUUAGGAUGAAGAGGACUGUCGAGGUCUACCAGGAGAGCAUGGCGGAGAAGCACCGCCGCGAUGCAGAGGCGCUGGAGAAGAAGAAGCUCGAGGAGCAGGCGGCCGUCAAGGCCAGCCAGAAGUCUUGGUACAAGUUCUGGUAA